AUGUGUGUCGAGUUUGUUUUUACUGCCCUCGUUUCACGUACCCAUUUUCUCAGUCCAUGCCCGUUUCCGCGCUACAGGCGGAAAGAACGGAGCUCCUCCGCGCCGCAGGCGGAAGAACGGAGCUCCUCCGCGCCGCAAGCGGAAGAACGGAGCUCCUCCGCGCCGCAGACGGAAGAACGGAGCUCCUCCGUGCCGCAGGCGGAAGAACGGAGCUCCUCCGCACCGCAGGCGGAAGAACGGAGCUCCUCCGCGCCGCAGGCGGAAGAAAGGAGCUCCUCCGCACCGCAGGCGGAAGAACGGAGCUCCUCCGCGCCGCAGGCGGAAGAACGGAGCUCCUCCGCGCCGCAGGCGGAAGAUCGGAGCUCUUCCGCGCCGCAGGCGGAAGAUCGGAGCUCUUCCGCGCUGCAGGCGGAAGAACGAAGCUCUUCCGCGCUCCAGGCGGAAGACCGGAGGCUUCCGCUGCUGACCGUUGCAGGCGGAAGGUCGGAGCGCUUCCACGGUGCAGGCGGAAGGUCGGAGCGCUUCCGCGGUGCAGGCGGAAGGUCGGAGCGCUUCCGCGGUGCAGGCGGAAGGUCGGAGCGCUUCCGCGGUGCAGGCGGAAGGUCGGAGCGCUUCCGCGGUGCAGGCGGAAGGUCGGAGCGCUUCCGCGGUGCAGGCGGAAGGUCGGAGCGCUUCCGCGGUGCAGGCGGAAGGUCGGAGCGCUUCCGCGGUGCAGGCGGAAGGUCGGAGCGCUUCCGCGGUGCAGGCGGAAGGUCGGAGCGCUUCCGCGGUGCAGGCGGAAGGUCGGAGCGCUUCCGCGCUGCAGGCGGAAGGUCGGAGCGCUUCCGCGCUGCAGGCGGAAGGUCGGAGCGCUUCCGCGCUGCAGGCGGAAGGUCGGAGCGCUUCCGCGCUGCAGGCGGAAGGUCGGAGCGCUUCCGCGCUGCAGGCGGAAGGUCGGAGCGCUUCCGCGGUGCAGGCGGAAGGUCGGAGCGCUUCCGCGGUGCAGGCGGAAGGUCGGAGCGCUUCCGCGCUGCAGGCGGAAGGUCGGAGCGCUUCCGCGCUGCAGGCGGAAGGUCGGAGCGCUUCCGCGCUGCAGGCGGAAGGUCGGAGCGCUUCCGCGCUGCAGGCGGAAGGUCGGAGCGCUUCCGCGCUGCAGGCGGAAGGUCGGAGCGCUUCCGCGGUGCAGGCGGAAGGUCGGAGCGCUUCCGCGGUGCAGGCGGAAGGUCGGAGCGCUUCCGUGCUGCAGGCGGCAGGUCGGAGCGCUUCCGCGCUGCAGGCGGAAGGUCGGAGCGCUUCCGCGCUGCAGGCGGAAGGUCGGAGCGCUUCCGCGCUGCAGGCGGAAGGUCGGAGCGCUUCCGCGGUGCAGGCGGAAGGUCGGAGCGCUUCCGCGCUGCAGGCGGAAGGUCGGAGCGCUUCCGCGCUGCAGGCGGAAGUUUUUGUCCCCUCGCGCCAUCCCCCUCCCUUCCCCUUCCCCUCUUCCGCAACUACUCCUUUUCCACCCUGAUCCGCGCCCCUCCCCGCCAUUUCCGCAUUUCCCUCAUCCCCUCUCUCUCCUCUAUGCCCUCUCCCCUCUCUCUCCCGGCUCUUCAUCUCUUUCCCCUACCCUCCGCUUCCCUCCCCCCUUCCCACCCCGAUCACUCUCGCUCCCCUCUCCGUUUCCAGCCCUCGCUUUCGUUUCCUCUCCUUCGCGCACCUUGUGGUAACUCUCGUAGCGUAACCCCUAUUCCCGUUUCCUCUCUCCCUGUUUCUCCUCUCCCUGUUUUCUCCUAUGGACGCCAUGACGAUAUUCCCUUGCAAUGUGUGGAAUGA